AAACAUAUGCAAGCCGAACAGAUGAGCCGAGAAAGACAUGUGGAACGAAGCGCCAAAAAAGAAAAAAAAAAUGACAAAAGCUGGUGACGAUGAGUUCAACAAACCAUGUCCACGUAGGAUAAAAGUACUAUAAAUUCUGACGUGGUAUUUGAUCUAAUCUUUAUCUCCUUUUUAUGAUUUUAAUAUCACACCACCUUUCUACCUACGUUUUAUAUAAAUCAUCUCUAACCAGACACUUUACCUCCAAAGAAACGAAAAGGGAAAAAAUGGGGAAUUGUCUAAGGCAUGAGUCAGAAACGCACUGGUCUGGUGAAGAUUGGGAUGAUGAUUUCAUCACAGAACAUGAAGAAGAACAAGAUCAUCAUCAUAGCUCUAAGACGACAUCCAUUAAGGCUGGUGAAACAGUAAUUCUCGCGCAAGACAGUAAACCAUCUCAUCAUGAGAUCAAGAUCAGGCUCACGAAGAAGCAACUCCAGAAUCUACUGAAUCAAGUCAACGUCCAUGACCUGACCGGUUCUGAUCGUAAAACUGAAGAAGCCAACCAUCACCGGUUGUGGACACCGGUUCUUCACAGCAUACCGGAGGUUUAGUUGA